CAGGAGGCGUGGGCCCCACCCAUCGCUGCCCACGCGUACCUUAAUCGACUCGGGCAUCGCGACCGUCACGAUUCACACCAUGGGAAAGAGGCGGUUCGCGCAAGUCUCCACCAGCGAGGACGAGGACGAGCCGACGGGGAACGACGCCGGGGAGCGGAGAAGGGGACAGAAGCUCCGCGUCGAGGAGGGAGAGGAGCGACAGAACGCCGCGGAGACGAGCAGAGGCGCCACCGCCGCCGGCGGAAGCAGUAGCGGCGGCGGCGGAGGAGGAGAUGGAGGGAGCGGGAAAGGAGAAGAAGAGGAGGAGACGCCGCUGGAGGACGCGAAGCCGAAGGGACCGGUGCUUAGGGUUUCUGGCAAGGGGAGGCGGAAGAAGCGGCACUACCGGUCCUUCGAGUACGACGGAAAUACGUUCGAGCUGGAGGAUCCGGUGCUCCUGACUCCGGAGGAUAAGAGACAGAAGCCCUAUGUUGCGAUUAUUAAGGAUAUAACUCAAGAUGUAGAUGGAAGUAUGAUGGUUACUGGGCAGUGGUUUUACCGUCCCGAAGAAGCUGAAAAAAGAACUGGCGGGAGCUGGGAGGCAAGGGAUACCAGGGAGCUCUUCUACAGUUUUCAUCUUGAUGAUGUUCCAGCUGAAUCUGUGAUGCACAAGUGUAUUGUCCACUUCGUGCCUUUAAACAAGAAGUUACCACUUCGAUCGGAGCAUCCAGGUUUUAUUGUGCAAAAGGUUUAUGAUACUGUUGAGAGAAAGCUCUGGAAAUUAACUGACAAAGAUUAUGAAGACAGUAAACAGCAUGCGAUUGAUCUCCUGGUUCAGAAAACAGUCAAGCGUUUAGGAGAUCUUCCAGAUAUUGAGCCUGAAGAUGCUCCUGCUGAUGAUGCUGAUCAUUCAAUGAGUAAAAGGAACCUUGGUAAAAAGCGCAUGCACCCCAUUGAUGUCUCAAGAACUGAUGAUGCACCUCCGAGAUCUGACUAUCCGACAAGAUCAGAUACACCUGGAAGCUGUACACAGUAUAGAGCAAUCCUAGCAAAAUUCAAAGCAUUGACUGGUGAUUCAUAUCGUGAUAAGUGGUUGGAUAAACUUCUACAAGGAAUUAAAGCAGCAUGUUCAAAAGUAGAUGCAUCAGCUGAGGAUGAAAGAACAGGAAAUGGUGUUUCAAAUCAUAACACAACUGGUAGCAACACUGAAGAUGCUGCCGUGGGUUCCAAUUCUUCUGGAAGAAUUUGCUGGCCGGAUGAUGCUGUCCCAGCAAUAACUGCCCUUGAGAGAGCUACACAUGAAACUCUGGCUUCUGAUUUUCAGAAAUAUAACCAGAAAAUGAGGCAGUUGGAUUUCAAUCUCAAGAACAAUGUGAUGUUAGCUAGACGCUUACUGAAUAAUGAAUUGGACCCUGUAGUUAUUCUGAACAUGUCUCCCAAGGAACUGAAGGAUGGUUUGCUUGCUGAAGAAAAAACAGCAACAGAACCGGAAGAGUCCAAACAAUUGCAGAUGACUGAUGCUCGAUGCUCAAGAUGCAUGGAGAAGAAAGUAGGGAUUGCUGACAUUAUCCAAGCUGGAGGUCAAGGUGAUAGAUAUCAGUUGGAGUGCACUGCUUGUGGUUACAUGUGGUAUGCCACUAGAGAUGCCAUCGCGUCAUUGACGAUAGACACUGCCGGUGUAGUCGGAAAUGUGGGCACAGCACCCUGGGCCACUGCCAAGUUCGAAGCUGUUGAGAAGCAGCUUGUGAGUCCUCGAGAAUCUGAGAAGCCAGCACCUGAUCUUUUCAAGAAGACCACGGCAGCAUAUAUACCUGCCUUCGAAACGCAGAAAUCUUUCAACAGAUCAAAAACAGAGGAGCCUGCAGCAAAUCGUGAAUCUAGUAUAUAAUUUUCGAUGUAACCUUUUCUUUUCUCCCCCCUUUGUAUUGAAUGCUUGGUAGAGUUGUUGCCUGUAAAGUCUUCCAUGGUUCUAGGGUUUUUAUUGGUUCCUUCCAGAUUUCAUGUGCAGCCUUUUUUUUGUUCUGUUUUACUUUAACCGGUGCUUGGCACAUGCAAUGCACAGGAGGAUGAUCUUAGUUUUUUCUAGAUGUUGAUGCAAACAUGUUGGUGUA